AGAUGGUAUUGUUUGAGGAAGACAUAUAUGUUUUUGAGGAAAGUUCUUUCAGAGCUUAAUCUUUCAGAUGCCCAGGAGCAAAGAAGACCAGCCGUCUCAUCAAUUGGUUAUAGAGGUUUUGAGUUCUUGACUGGACGCAACUGGACAGCUGCAAAAGAUAUGCAGAGAUACAGGCAUUGUUAUCCGGGUUUGAAAGAAAGGGAACCUGAUGCUGAAGAGGAGGAGAUGUGGAAUUUAAGUUUUUACAAAAAUGAAAUUCACUUUUUGCCUCAUGGCUUAUUUAUUGAUGAACUCCUUGAAGCUUGGCAGGAGGAUUACGAGACUCUGGAAGAAAAUCAUUCUUAUAUACAAUGGUUGUUUCCUUUGCGUGAACGUGGGAUGAACUGGCGUGCAAAGCCUCUCACAUGUAAAGAAAUUCAGGCCUUUAAGAAAUCCAAGGAAGUUAUGCAAAGACUCAUUAGAGCUUACAAACUCAUGCUGGGUUUUUAUGGAAUAAACUUGAUCGAUCAAGAAACGGGGGAAGUGCAAAGAGCAGAAAACUGGCGUCAGAGAUUUCGCAACCUUGAUCGGUUUAGUCACAACAAUUUGCGGAUAACUCGUAUUCUGAAGUGUCUGGGAGAGAUGGGGUAUGAACACUAUCAAGUACGCCUGGUUAGCUUUUUCCUAACAGAAACGCUUGUUUACCAAACACUCCCAAAUGUUAAGAGAAGUGCCUUGGAUUACUUCCUGUUCACCAUCAGAAACAAGCAGAAGCGAAGGGAACUGAUACAUUAUGCAUGGAUGCACUUUAAACCUCAGGAUAAGUUUGCAUGGGGGCCUCGUAAGAAACUCCAGAACUAUAAACCUCCGUCGUUAAAGUCUCAGCACUGCCAAAAGGCUGAGGAAGAGAAGGAAUCAGUCAGAGAUAAAGAAGCAGUUGGAAAGAACAAAACCAAUCCUCCAAACAGGGAGGAGAAAGUUGGAGAUGCUGCAUACUCAGAAACCAACAAGGUGACUGAUGAAUGUACCUCAGAGGAACAAAAUAAGCGUGAUGCCAUGUAUGUUGCAGAGCGAGGAGACAACGUAGAAGAGAAAGAAGCCUCACUUUCCCAGCUAGAAGAGAAGGUUCUGAGUGAGGACCUUGUGGGCCUGAGGGAUGGAGCAGAGACUGAAUGCCUAAAGGAAAGCAAGAAAAGAAAGCUUGAGAUGAACAGAUUAACUGGAAAGUGCACAGGGCUAUUGAAAAGUCCCACUGAUAUUGAGAAGAUCUCUUAUAACCUAGGGGAAUUUGCUAUCGAUCAAGAGACCACAGAGACUCUUCCAGCAUUGCCAGAAAAGGGUGACCAAGUAACAGCUGAAGAAGGUGACGUCCGUAGUGAAGACUUCAAGGCGUCUGAGUCAUCUGAUGCACCUGUAAAAAGAAGGAAAGUUGAUGAGGCAAUGCCAGAAAACAGUACUGUAAAUGUGGCAAUAAACCUGGACACGGACACCACUACCUGCAACGUCCAAGCAACAGGGGCUGAGAAAGGAGAAGUUAGUGAGGAAGACACGGUUGUGGAGGAAAUUAAUGUGAAAACUGAGAAUGGUGCUGAAAGUGCAUCUGUGAAUUCAUUGCCUGGUUCUGAGACGAAUGAGCCUGGUCUGCCUUCUCUGGCAGGCAGUGGCUCAGUGCUACGUGACGCAAAUUCAGAAAUACAAAAAAAAGCGCACCAGUGUAAUGAAACUCUAACAGUAAGUGAAAGCCAGGUAGACGACAGAGAACAGAAAGAAGGGACAGAAGAUGUCCAUGCAAGAGGGGAAACAAAAACCCUGGACAAGAACCGGGGCCAAGAGGGUCUUCAGCAGAGUGUGGUGGAAUCUCAUCCUGAAAAAGUCAGUGCUAGGAAUGUAGCACAAGAAAUCGAUUGUAUUGAGGAUUCAGCAAAACUGCCAUUGUCUGCUGAUCAUUCAGAGAGUGGCAAAAACAUUGCAAUAGCACCAGAGCAAGGGGCGGAGGAAGGACAUUUAGGUCCUGAAUUCAAGGAUCAUGGAACAGGGAUUCAGACUCCAAAGGCAUGUGGAAAAAGAUGUAUCCUUUAAAACAAUCCAGAACAAACUCAAUCCCUCCCCUCCCCUCUGGUUGUUCUAACUAGAAAAAAUCUGCUUGGUCAACUUCGUAGGGAAAAGCCCCUGGCCUCUUCCUGUUCCCGUUUGUAUCUGACAUGCUGGACUGUCUGCAAGGAUUUUCCCUCUUAACCUCUUUGAAGAGCAAAGCUCUUAUUUAAUAAGUGAUUUUAAUCCAUGGAAUACAGAUGUUUGUAGAAUAAACCAAUUGGUUUCUGGCUUUCUUUUUUUUACCAGGUAACUCCUCUUGGGCACUUUGGAAACUGUCACACUAACAAUGGGGAGUUUUUACAUUUGUUGUCUCCUUAGCAAAGGCCAAUGUGAGGCCCUGUUGAUCAUCUUGGUGUGAGGCUCUGUUGAAAUCCGUUUUUAAGGAGACACCAAUUUGGUUGUGCAGUGGUUGUCCGACUUGAAGCCUGGUACUUUUCUGCUCCUUUAGGGAAAAGGUCCCCCAUUCUGCUGAUAUUUGCUUGCAAAAGGGGUGAAGGUAGCAAAAUUUCAUGUAUGUGAAAAUGCAAAUACCUUUCCAUUGGUAAGUUACUAAUUUUAAGAAUUUAGUUUGGCAUACGAGAGUCAUCGAUUAAACUAUAAAGUCAAAAUGUUUGACAAAUAUUAACCUUAACGGGGCUUUUCUCCAAUCUAUGUGCAGAGAUGUUGAGGGUUUAAUUCCAUCUAGCCCUAGCACAAGUCACUUAUGCAUUUUUUCCAAGGGUUGUUGGGAGACUGGAAACCCGCCAGUCUCUAAAAGAAAAGGGGUGGUGGGGAAAUAAAAUACAAAUGAGGCAUUGCUUAAAGAGAGUGCUGCCUUCCUGGGAGUCCCCUUUCCUCUCUCUGUAGACCCCUGAUGGUUUUUCAGAUGCUACUUUUUUCAUUGGUUCUGAGUCCUUUAACUGUCUGUCAAUGCAGUUUCCCUUGUCCCUAGUGCAGAUUUUCACCCUUGAUGAUUUUAAUCCCUUUUCUAGUUUGUGCACAUGUUGUGCCAGUAGCAUUCUGUCUCUCUGUCCCAAGUGUGUCGUGUGCACGGUUGGGGAUCAUAGCUGUUGAGGGUUUUUUUUUGUUUUUUGUUUAAACCAGAGGCAUCAUGAGAAUCUCUUGUCAGCCCCUGCCACCUACUGACCAGCACUAAUGUUGUUAGAUGGUAGUAACAAUAGAUAUUAACUUGCACUUAAUGUUAAUAAUGUGCACAUCAGCCUUGUGCGGAAUUCAAUUGGCGCAAAGGAGCAUCAUACAAUGUAAUGCUGUAUGUAGGAGAAAAUAUUAAGGUAUUUACUGCAGUGGACCUGCUUCACCAAGCAGAAGGAAAAAAUGCAGCAGCUGAAAAGACUGGACUUGAUGUUCAUUUAAACUCUGGUUCUAUUUUUGGUUGGUUUGUUUUUUAAAUACCAUUUGGUUUUUGUAGCGCAUUGCUGCAGCUUAGGUCAGCCAUCCUAUCAGAGAGAGUUUUUUCUUCUGCGUGUUCCAGCUGUUAAGCAAAGAAUCUUUAAGUGUUCUGGAAUUUAAUCUGACUUGCCUGCUCAAAACUUGUAUGCCCUGAUCCAAACUGGCAUUUACACAUAUGUGUAACUCUAAGCACGCAUGUAGACUCGUUGAAGUCAGGGCUUAUAUACUUAUAGUAAUACACAGUAAAGGCCUUAAAACCCAUUUGUUAGUGUUUUUUUUUCUCUAGAAGAAAAACAAAUUGUGUUUAAAUAUUAAGUAAAACUAACUAAAGACCUUCAGUGUUUAGAGAACACCGGGGAAAAAAUUGCUUUUUAUGAAAGUCUUUGUACAGUUUUAUAGCUGUCUUUUUAUUUAAGUAACGAAGGUCUCGCUGGACAUGUUCAUACAUGGCCCACUUUGUGUAUCUUGUAUGGUGAUGAGUUUUAAAUGAGAUCUCAGUAUAAUGUAUAUUAAAGUAUGAUUUUAAUGCAAA